AUGGAGACAAUUAUCCCGAAAGCCUUGAAGAGGGGAGAUAAGAUCGCCUUCAUAUCCCCCUCAGCACGCCUUAAUAAUAUCCUCCCGGUACCUCUCUCCCGAGGAAAGGCCUAUCUGGAGUCCCUUGAAUAUGGAGUGGAGAUCAUUUUCUCCAGCGCAGCAACAACCACCAUCUCAGACUCGGUUCGUAUUCGAUGCGAAGAGAUCCAUACCGCAUUCCGUGAUACCACAAUAUCCGCGAUCAUCUGCACGAUAGGCGGCUCACACGCGAACGAGCUGCUACCAUUCCUCGAUUAUCCCCUUAUCCGCUCGAAUCCCAAGAUCUUCAUGGGCUAUAGCGACACCACAUUCCUACACUAUGCGAUUCAAUCCCAAACCGGGCUACGUACAUUCUACGGACCGAGUGUUCUGACCGAUUUUUCCGAUUUUCCUAAACCGAUGCAAUUCACAACUGAUCACUUCAUCCAUAUGCUCACUUCGGAGGAAACUGUGGGCCCACUUCCUCGAUCAGCUGUUUACGCAAAGGAGCAUAGCGACUUCAUGUUCAGCGAUAAACUUGAAACACCACGCGAAAUAGUGGAUUCACCACCGUGGAGAUGGAUUCGGAAAGGUAAAGCUACUGGGAACUCGUUAUGCCCGGACUCAUGGAAAGAUAAGAUCAUCUUCCUUGAGUCUUCGAUGGGUGAUAACGUGCAACUACCGUAUUCUGUGGACGAGUUCCGGAAUAACCUGGUAGAUCUUGCUUUGUCUGGUGUAUUGAAUGAGAUUCGGGGUCUGGUUAUUGGAAGAGGAUACAAAUAUGAUGACAGCAUGCAAGAGGAACUUGCAGGCGUGGUUGAGGAGGUUUUUGAUGUGAUUGUUCGUCGAAAUUGUGACGAAGAACUGCCGAUUUUGAUGAAUGUUGAUUUUGGGCAUACGAGUCCAUUCCUCACUUUGCCUUAUCAUGCGCUCGUUAGUUUGGAUGGCGAUCGCGAUGAGUUUAGUGUUCUCGAACCCGCGGUACAAGCCUAA